AUGCAGCAGCAGCAACAACAACACGACGGCGCCCCAAACGCCCCCAGCGGGCCCCGUCUGCAGACGAGCUUUCAGCGCCAGAUAAACGGAGGUCACCAUGGCUUCUCCCAUGGUGCUUUCGCGACCAAUCAACCAGGCUACGCCGACAGGCACCCUGAGAGGUCCAACAACAUGUCCAUCAAUACUGGCAGGCUCAAUCCGGGCAACCAGAACGGUGCCGACUUGCAGACGCCAGGAACCGGGUUCGACAUGAACUUCACUCCUCUUCUGCCUUCGCAGCUGCUUCUCGGGAGCCCCUUCCAACCAGGUUCACCUUCGGCAUUUACUUCCCCACAGUUCCAGAACUUUGCGAGCUUUGCGGGUCAAAACCAAUCGCAGCAACAAAACCAUCAGCAAGGCCACAUUGGCAGCCCCUUGCAACAGCCUCUCUCUCCCCAGCUAUAUCAGAGCCUCGUUUCUCCUACGAGCAUGAACGGUCCUGGUUUCUUUGGUGGACCACAAUCGCCCACGGGAGGGUUCCCUGGUUACGGCGCGCAGGGCAUGGGUGGGCUUGGAUCCUCGAUGCCUAUUGCACCGGGUCUAGUUUCUGGAACGAGCAGGACCGUGUACCUGGGCAAUAUACCCCCUGAGACCUCCGCGGAGGAGAUUCUCGGCCACGUAAGAAGUGGCCAGAUUGAGUCAGUCAGGCUGCUCCCUGACAAGAACUGCGCUUUCAUCUCCUUUUUGGACAGCAGCUCGGCCACCCAUUUCCACUCCGACGCAAUCUUGAAAAAGUUGGCGAUCCGGGGUCAGGACAUUAAGAUUGGUUGGGGAAAGCCAUCGCAGGUUCCCACGUCGGUUGCCCUGGCGGUGCAGCAGUCUGGGGCUUCCCGUAACGUCUAUCUUGGCAACCUGCCUGAAGACGUUGGCGAGGAUGAGCUUCGCGAGGAUCUCAGCAAGUUUGGUCCCAUUGAUACUGUCAAGAUUGUUCGGGAAAAGGCUAUCGGCUUCGUACAUUUCUUGUCCAUUGGCAAUGCCAUCAAAGCUGUUGCCCAGCUUCCUCAGGAACCCAAGUGGCAGGCUCCCAGGCGUGUUUACUACGGCAAGGAUCGAUGCGCAUACGUCUCCAAGACUCAGCAGCAGAAUGCUGCGCAGUACCUCGGCAUUGCGCCCGGAUACGCCCACGUCUUGAACGGUGCUGACCGGGACAUGAUUUCCAAUGCCCUUGCCCAGCAGUCCGUUGCUGCUGCGGCCGUCGCAACCUCAGCUGGAGGUGUGAAUAACCUUGGCAACCGAACUGUUUACCUCGGAAACAUUCACCCCGAGACUACCAUCGAGGAGAUUUGCAAUGUUGUUCGUGGUGGGCUUCUUCACCACAUCAGAUACAUUCCUGAUAAGCAUAUCUGCUUCGUUACCUUCAUCGAUCCUACCUCUGCUGCAUCCUUCUAUGCCCUCAGCAACCUCCAAGGUUUGAUGAUCCACAACCGCCGCUUGAAGAUUGGCUGGGGCAAGCACUCCGGUGCCCUCCCUCCUGCUAUCGCUCUGGCUGUGAGCGGUGGAGCUUCCCGAAACGUGUACAUCGGUAACUUGGACGAGUCAUGGACCGAGGACCGUCUGAGGCAGGAUUUCUCAGAGUAUGGCGAGAUUGAGUUGGUCAACACGCUGCGUGAGAAGAGCUGCGCAUUCGUCAACUUCACCAACAUUGCCAAUGCUAUCAAGGCUAUCGAAGCUAUCCGUAGCCGUGACGAGUACAAGAGAUUCAAGGUCAACUUUGGCAAGGAUCGUUGUGGCAACCCUCCCCGUCAGAUGAACUCCCAGCAAGCUCAAGCUCAGCAGAAUGGUAGCGAUGGAGUGCACUCACCCUCGCCCAUCAAUGGACUGCAUCCCAACCGUGCCGGACAAUCCGUCUCACCGACAGGAUCCGGUGCUCCUGGCUCGGGUGCUAGCAACAAUGGGCAAUUUCCUCCUGUACAAGCACCUGCCCCAACCAACAUUCUCAACAGUGGAAACAACAACCCGUUGAUGCUAUAUCUCCAAGCUCAACAGCAACAGCAGCAGCAACAGGUCGAGGCGGGUAUGCAACAGCAACAACAGCAGAGCCAACAGCAGCAACAACAGUCUUUCCAGUCCUCGCAAGCUGCUUUUUACGGUGCUGAUCUGAACCCCACUCCACAACCGCACCACUCGCAUACGUCGCAUAACAGUACCUCGAGCUUCAGCCUCAUCAACGGGUCUUCCAGCGGCAAUGGCUCCGGUGCGACUACUGUCGGCGGCCUCCUUGCUCCUUCAAACUUGAACGCUCGUGCGCAGCACUCCCGCGCUGUCAGCCUCCCGGCUUUCACACAGGGUCCGUUCAAUUCUAUCCAGCAGACUCAAGCACCGCAACAAAGUUCGUUCGGCAGCCUGAGCUCUGGCAUUGGUGGUUUCGGUAGCGGCAAUGGCGGUUAUGGCCUUGCCAUUCAGGGUGACGGCGGGCUCCCUGGUUGGGCCGAGGAGGAGGUUGGUGCUCAGUAA